AUGUGGCAUUUUCAAGUCCUUUUUCUCCUGCUGCUGCUCCCCGCGUUUGCUGCAGACUGGCUAGCCACCCCGGAACUCCGUCUUCAACUAAAACCCGUUUUUGUUCGAAAGUACACCAACUCCCUGCGCUGCAUGCUGCAGCUGCUGGAGCCCCGCGACUACCCCGAGGCUUUUGAACGCUUUGAAGUGGAACAAGUUGUCCCGGAGGAAACGGUGAAAGAGCGAAUUGCUGCAGCAGAUAUUCCAGAAGAAGUCAAAACUUCGCUGCGGAGCUUUCUGCUGCUGCGCCGGAAGAUCUUGCGCGGCCUGGCGAAGCAAAGAGCUGCUGUGGAGGCCUUGAAUGCCCCGGAAGGAUCUGCAGCAGCAGCAGCAGCAGCAGCACAAGGAAGCUCGGCAGCAGCUGCUGCGGGCGGUGAGCCGCUCGCAGCAGCAAAGUCGCCGCUGCUGCAGCUCAUCCGGCUGCACAGCUUCCUCCGGCUGCAGCUGCGCCCGCAGCAGCGAGCGCCUUCGCUGGAAGAGUGGCAGCGGCAGCAGCAGCAGCGGGAACUUCAAAGACGCAUGCAGAAGAAGUCCCAUGCAGCUGCGUCUUCGCCAGCUGAGGAAGAGCUCAUGGGGACCACGGAGGACCUGCCACAGGCGCAGCUGCAAAUGGGAGAUCAAAGCGAAUACGACAGAGUCGACAAACUUAUAGACGAAGUGGAGCGGCAGAUAAUAGAAAGCUCGCCAGACGAAGAGGCUGAGGAGGAGGGAGCCUCUCCUUUGUUCAACAAAGCCUACCGCUCGGCUGCUGUUCGAAAGCCCCGCAGCUUCUACAACUACUUCGGUGAAGACACAGUGCCUUUGCUUGAGACGGACCCAGACGAGAUCCUCUUGAGGCUCGCCGGAUCCUCCAGCGCCUCCACAGAACAUGAAGCUUUCCUGCCUCUUCUGUUUCAAGACCCAGGAACAGCCCCCCACGCAGCUUCGCCAAUCCCGCCAGACCCUCCGUAA